UAUGGGAGAGAGAGUGAGAGAAAGACAGAGAGCGAGGCUGACUGCAUUAGUCAUGACUCUGUGGAAGAUUAGGAGGAACCUUUUCGUGGGCACUUUCUGGCGUUUUCAACCAAGGAUGCAGACAGUGACGUCAGACUCUCCCCACUCCACAGUGUCCAGCAGGCAGCGAUGUCCACAGGCCAAGGGGCUGGAGAGUGUGGCCCCUCUGGUGCGGACUGGGGAAGAAACUCCUGAUCCCAUUCCUACCACAGUCAAUGGAACCAUUCCAACAUGGAUCAACGGGAGCUUCCUGAGAAAUGGUCCUGGGAAAUUUGAGUUUGGGAAAGACAGGUACACCCACUGGUUUGACGGCAUGGCCAUGAUGCACCGGUUCCACAUCUGUGACGGCCAAGUCACGUACUGCAGCCGCUUCCUGCGAAGUGACUCAUUCGUCCAAAACUCGGAGAAGAAUCGCAUCGUGGUGUCAGAGUUCGGAACACUGGCCAUGCCUGAUCCCUGCAAGAACAUCUUUGCCCGCUUCUUUUCGCGAUUUCAGAUUCCCAAGACCACAGAUAAUGCCAGCGUGAACUUUGUCAAGUACAAGGGAGACUAUUACGUCAGCACAGAAACCAACUUCAUGCGGCGAAUAGAUCCACAAAGUCUGGAGACAAAGGAUAAGGUGGACUGGAGUAAAUUUGUUGCGGUUAACGCAGCUACAGCUCACCCACAUUACGACCGCGAAGGGGCCUCGUACAACAUGGGCAACUCGUACGGCAAAAACGGUUUCUUCUACACCAUCAUCCGUGUGCCUCCUCCUGACGACAAUGCAGCAAUGGGGGACUCAGCGGAUCUGACUGGAUCCAAAGUGGUCUGCUCCAUCCCUGCAGCCGAACCCAGGAAACCCUCCUAUUAUCACAGCUUUGUCAUGUCGGAGAACUACAUCGUGUUCAUCGAGCAGCCCAUCAAGCUGGACCUGAUGAAGUUCAUGCUGUACAGAAUCCAGGGGAAGAGUUUUCACAAAGCCAUGACCUGGGAGCCUCAGUAUCAAACCAUCUUCCACCUGGUUAACAGACACACAGGCGAGCGGAGCAAAGUGAAGUACACCGCAGCACCAAUGUUCACGCUGCAUCAGAUCAACGCGUACGAGGACAACGGGUUCUUGGUUAUGGACAUGUGCUGUGGCGAAGAGGGACAAGUCAUCGCAGACUUCACACUGGAGAACCUCCGCAGAGAGUCAGGGGAGGAGAUGGACAAGUUUUACAAUGCGAUGUGUAGAAACCUUCCAAGGAGAUACAUCCUGCCCCUGACUGUGGAUGAAAAAACUCCAGCGGACCAAAACCUUGUCACUCUGCCAAACUGCACAGCCACAGCAAAGAAGACAAAACCAGGAGAGGUUCUCAUGACCCACGAAGAGCUUCAUGACGACCAGCUGCUGCAGUACGGCGGCCUCGAGUUCCCUCAGAUCAACUACGCUCAGUACAACGGCAGACCGUACCGCUACUUCUACUCCUGUGGCUUUGGACAUGUCUUCAGCGACUCUCUGCUCAAGAUGGAUGUUCACACCAAGGAGCUUAAGGUGUGGCGGCAUCCCGGCUUGUUCCCGUCUGAGCCUGUCUUUAUUGCUUCGCCCAAUGCUACUGAGGAAGAUGAUGGAGUGGUUAUGUCAGUCAUCAUCACACCCAGAAAAGAGAAAAGUACAUUCCUACUUGUCCUGGAUGCCAAGACCUUCACUGAACUGGCCAGAGCUGAGGUCCCUGUCAAUAUCCCAUACGGGACCCAUGGUGUGUUUAACGAGAUGGGCUAGGUGGGAUAGUGUUUGCAACUGUGGGGCAAAUUGCUGAAACCCAACCUGCAACCGGCCACUUUAUCCCCCAGAAAAAGAAUAUCUGUGUCCAAAAAACCGCUGAACUGUGAAAGAAGAAAAGAGCAGGGAACAACCUCCAGAUUCAUGCUAUGUUUUUGUGCCACCUUGAUAGAGACAGGUGCAUGUGCUCACUGUGUGCUGCCAGUACAGUCACUAACAAGGCAGAGAGCCCAGCGUGGCUUUAGCAAAGUUUGUCCUCAAUGUGUAAGAUUCUGAAAACCAGAUUCGUCGAAGGACCAACACUUGAUGUGGAAUACAUUUAGAAAAGAACAUGCAUGGAAAUCAAUACAGACAUUAAAAUAAAAUCAAUUUCACUCUUUUUUUCCCCCGCACUGUUAAAACCUGAGGUGUUUUAGCAUCAUUGUGCCACUGGAAACGCUAUACUCCCAGUGAGGACAGAACAGCACUUAGGAUACAUAAAAAUGCAUCAGAGGAAAUUCAAUUUCUGUCAAAGUAAUGUGAUAGAAAUGGACAAUGUCUGUAAUGCCUGGAAAACAAAUGGAUCUAAAUGGUAAAUAGCCACCAGAAAGUCUGGCAGAGGUCACAAUCAGAAAAGUGGUGCUUUUUAUACGGUGAAAACCACCUUAAACUAAUUUCACUGUUAUACAUCAGCGAUGGCACUUCAAGACCUUUUGUUUUGUAAUAAAAUGUGAGUUAAACUGAAAAGUGCAGAAUGUGACACACAGGCCUCAUGCAGAAUGUAUGAAAUAACCGUCUCUACAAGUGAUUUUAUUACAAAGGUCAUUUUCAGGGACCUAAAAAUGGACCGGUUUGAAUUUACUCUGAUACAGGCUUAAAGUGUGAAUUUCACAAUAAAUGACAUUAUUAUCAUUC